AUGACGCGAGUCUGGAUCGCUUCUGAGUCGUGGACGGGAGAAGUCUUUGUGCGAAAACUCGUCGCGCAUGCACUCGCGCCUCUCGUCUUUCUCAAACACCGAACAACAGUCGCUGUAAAAUCGGACAUGGACGGAGAUUAUGAUCAGACUAGGCCGCCAGAUCUCCGGCUUUGUAUACUGGCUACAACCGUUUCCAGCACGUGGGCAUCAAGGCGAGAAGCUCAGGCUUUCCGUGAGCAUGGCUCACCAUACAGCUCACGCCAUUACCCUCGCUUCGAUCUAUUGGCAUCAGGCAAUUGA